UUGACACUUGACACCAGCGUCCGUCGCUAAAUUCAGAGCAUAAUAUCAACAAAAUAACAAAUAAAAUAAUAAAAAUUGUUUCUAACAAUCCAAGAAAUAAAAACAACAUUGUACUCAUUAUUAAUUUAUAAAUAAUUUAUAUUUUGAAUAUAUCUGCUCACAGUUACAUAGUGCCGAAUAGACGUACAAUAUUUCUACAGAAAAGUAUUAUUUUUAUGAUUAAAUUUUGAACUAUUGAUUAACGAUAUGUCUGACCAAUACUAUAAUCUCUCUUGGAAUUCUCAUAAGGAUAGGAUUGGAAAAGGAUUUUCUUGGUUACAACAAAAAGAAGAGUUUGUGGACAUGACUUUAGCAGUAGAAGGACAUCUUGUUAAAGUUCAUAAAAAUGUUGUAUCUUUGGUCAGUCCAUAUUUAAAAGAACUGAUAUCUUCAAUACAUUGCGACCAUCCAAUUAUAUUUCUCACAGAUAUUAGUCAUGAGGUUUUGGGGCUUAUUGUAGAAUACAUUUAUACUGGAGAAGUUGAAGUCCCAGUAAAUAUUUUACAACCAUUUCUUAAAGCUGCUUCAAAGUUGGUGCUAUUAGGACUGAAUGAACUUUCUUCUCUACAGGGAUCGGUGCCAGAAAAUAUGGGAAACAACAAUUAUGUUGAACCAACACUUGAUCUGCCUGAGAUGAUCCCUACCACUUUUCCUGAUUUGUCCAAUACUUUUAAUUUUAAUGAAAUUCAGCCCAGCACAGAAUCUGCAACGGACAUAAUACAACAAAGUUUAUAUAAUGUUAAUUUAUAUGAAGGUGAUAUGCAAGAAAACCCAUCAAAUAUUGAUAAAAAUUUGUCUUUUGCUAACAAUAUUAGUAAUAAUGAUCCAACUGCUGAUAAAUUUAAUAAUACUCCUAAUAUUAUGGCAGAUAUUACAGUCAAUACUGAUUAUAAACAUCAACAGUAUUCAAUAUCUACUAGAGGCGCUUUGCAAUUGAUUUUAAAUCGCUAUAUCUAUCUCAUGCAUCAUCAAUCCUACCAAGGUUUUAAGCGUCGAUGGAGAUGUGCAGAUUAUCGGAGAAAACAAUGCCAAGCUUUUGUUGACACAGAAGGAGAUAUGAUUACAAAUAGGCUUAAUGUACAUAACCACCCCUUUCAUGAUGACAAAAUAUUGAACAAAAUUAAAGACAAUCAGAUAUAUGCCUCAAUAAAGAGUGUAGAAGUUAAGAAGAAAGAAUAUAACAACUUUGAUGCGACUAUAGAGGGACUAGAAGAUGAUACUACAUGAAUACAUUAGUACUUACACCUAUUCCUUUUUUUUAAAAUACACAAUAGCUAUUAUUAAAUUAAUGUUUGGUAUAUUUGUUGUAGUCAAAUGCCAAAAUGUUAAAAAUGUAUAUCCGCGGAUAUGGAUACGAAUACGGCUAUUCGGUGCCAAGAUCCGCGAUUACAGUUACGGACAAUUACGGAUCUUUAUUUUGUUACUAAAUAGAUAAUAUAAUUGAUUGUGAAAGUGUUUCAAGUGUUCAUAAAAAGUGGUUUGGUUUCUAUAUUGAUUAAUAUCAUUACAAUAAUUAUUCAAAAGGUUUUGUUUUUCUCAUUUUCAUUUAAUGAUGUUAUAACGUUGUAUAAUAUUGAUCUCAAUAUAAAUAUUGUUGAUAUAAUUUAAUACCUACCAGUUAUUUACUAAUUUGGUUUGAUAAGUUACUAUGAUACAUUUAAUAGUAGGUACAUAAAAGUGAUAUAAUUUAUAGGAAAUAAUAAUUGAUUUUAAGAAAUAAAAAUACUCUGAAUGUAAUACAAAAGCUUU